AGUGUCUGUUAGUCCCCCUAUGAUCACCUCUGAUUACAUCUCCCCUGCCGAGGCAUUCUCCAACAACGCCUUGGAGUGGCGAGACAUUACCUAUGACGUCAAUCGUCGCAGUCUGCUCGGCAAGAAGCUCGGCACCAAGAGGAUCUUGGAUUCUGUACACGGCAGUGCAUGUCCUGGUCAACUGGUCGCUAUCAUGGGCCCUUCUGGGUCCGGCAAGACUACCCUAUUGGACAUCCUGGCCGAUCGAGUCUCCUCCGGCAAGAUAGAUGGUUCUGUUAUGGUCAACAAGCAACCUAGGUCGACUGUGUCCUUCAGAGCGGUGUCUGCUUAUGUGAGUCAAGAGGACAGCCUCAUUGGCUCCUUUACUGUGUUGGAAACACUGCGUCAAAGUGCGCGUCUGGCUCUGCCGAAAACCGUCAAAGCCGCUGAGAGAGAACGUAGGGUUCAACACGCUAUCGACAUGAUGGGCCUCAGGUCCUGCGAGAACGUUCUCAUCGGCGAUGUCUUCCGCAAAGGCGUCUCGGGUGGUCAGAAAAGGCGCGUCAGUGUGGCUAUUGAGCUACUCAAACAACCGUCGAUUCUCCUCCUCGACGAGCCAACCUCCGGUCUGGACUCUGCCGCUGCCUUUAAUAUCAUGGACUACCUCAAGAAGCUUGCCACUGAGGACCAGUGCACUGUUGUCGUCACUAUUCAUCAACCCAGUAGUGACAUCUGGUCGUCACUAUCGAAGGUCUGCUUCCUGGCCCAAGGGAAUGUGGUCUUCUUUGACACGCCCGAUAGAGUCCCAGAGUACUUCGCUGAGGCCGGCUACCCUGUGCCGCCCUACACUAACCCCGCUGAGCAUGUUCUCAAUCUUACCAACACCGACUUCCCUGGUCACGGCGACGUUCAGGGCCUCAUUGAACGCUAUAGGAAAGAGACUAGGGCGCCGACCUGCCAGAUGCAGCAGUUCCUGCUCGCCGAGACUGUUACUACCCCAGGGUUUGGCGCCGAUGAAGGAGUCGGCUCCCCACUGAGCGAGAAAGAGAUAUGGCAGUACGUUCGUCCGAGUAAGGUGGUUCAGUUCUGGACUCUGCUGAAAAGGAACUUUCAGAACAACCUGCGGAAUCCCGGUAUUUACUGGGUUCGUUUCGUCAUGUAUGUGAUGCUUUCUUUCAUGAUUGGCACUAUGUAUAUCCGUUCGAACGAUUCUCUGACUCAGUUUGACUACAUCCCGAUGCUCUUCUACGUUCAAGCAUUCUUGGUAUUCAUGGCAGUCGCUGUCUUACCAUUCUUCGAUGAGAUCAGAGCUGUCUUUGCACGAGAGAGAGCUAAUUCUAAUCUCAAUGUGCUCAUGUUCGUGCUGGCCAACUUCCUGGCAGCUUUGCCGGGUAUAGCACUGAUCGCCCUCGUGUCUUCUGCGAUGGUCGUUGGUAUCGCUGGUCUCAACGCGUUCGGAUGGUUCUUUCUCAAUCUCUUCCUCUCUAUGGUCGUGUCUGAGUCGCUUAUGAUGCUCCUGGGCGCAGCUACUCCCCACUAUAUAAUCGGCAUCGCCCUUGGGGCCGGUCUGUAUGGUAUGUUCAUGCUGGUUU